GAGACGGGUGAGGGAGAAGCCGGAAGCAGGAGCUUUAAGUAGAGAGUGGGGCGUAUUCAGUUAUAUUUCCUUCGCGGGAGGCGUUGGGGCUAUUUGGAUUGGAGGGAGGCGCAGUGAAGAGAAGGUAUUUGUGGUGCGCGUGUGUGUGUUCUAAGGUGAAGGAACAGAUUAUGGGCUGUUUCUUCUCCAAGAGGCGGAAGCAGGCUAAAGAGGCGAAAGCGGGCGCGGAGACCGGAGACCGGAAUGGCUCACUGUCCGCGGAGGCCGACAAACAGCCACAGUAUAGUUGGGACCAGCGAGCCAAGAUUGAUCCUAAAGAUUACAUGUUUUCUGGACUCAAGAAUGAAACAGUUGGACGUUUACCUGGGAAAGUUGCAGGGCAACAGUUUGUCAUUCAGGACUGUGAGAAUUGCAAUAUUUAUAUAUUUGAUCAUUCUGCUACAAUCACUGUUGAUGACUGUACAAACUGCAAAAUUUUUCUAGGACCUGUAAAAGGCAGUGUAUUUUUACGUGACUGCAAAGACUGUAAAUGUGUUGUGGCAUGCCAACAGUUUCGUACUCGCGAUUGCAGAAAGAUAGAAGUAUUUCUGUGCUGUACCACCCAGCCCAUUAUUGAAUCUUCCACAGGUAUGAAAUUUGGAUGUUUCCAAUACUAUUAUCCAGAGCUGGCUUUGCAGUUGAAAGAUGCUGGGCUAAGCAUCUUUAACAAUACAUGGAGCAAUAUCCAUGACUUCACACCAGUUUCAGGAGAAAAUAAUUGGGGUCUUCUAGCUGAGGAUGCUUUAGUUCAAGACUAUGUACCAUUGCCAACUACUGAAGAAUUAAAAGCCGUGAGGAUUUCAACUGAUGUCAAUAAGAGCAUAAUUCCAGUAACCCUGGGAGGACGGCAAAAAAAAAGUGAGGAAUCUUGCUUAGUAGUGUUCUUUGCUGGAGACUAUACAACUGCCAAUGCAAGGAAGUUAAUUGAUGAGAUGACUGGCAAAGGCUUUUGGCUGCUACAGACAAAAGAAGUUUCAAUGAAAGCUGAUGAUGCUCAACGAGUGUUCCAGCAAAGAGCAUCUGAAUUCAUUCCUUUACUUGACAAAGGUCCUGUGGUUGCUUUAGAGUUGAAUGGAGAUGGUUCUUUAGCAGCCUGUCAAGACAUUGUCGUUAAUGUCUUUAGUGGAGCUAAGGUUUUUGUAUCUGAAGACAAGUUAUCUGCUUCAAGAGAAAUAGACAGUUUCUAUAAUUUUGCCGAUAUGCAGAUGGGAAUGUGAAAGAAACAAAAGCACCUUACUGAAAAAUGUCUACCUUGAUAAUUGAGUUGAACAUUAGGUUUGUACAGCACUCUGAAUUAAGUGAAAUGUUUUACCUUUUUUGCCUUUUCCUUAUAAUACUCUAAUCCCUCUUAACAGUAAUGUGAUUUUUUUUGCAUAUUAUAUUUUAAUAUUAUAAGAUUUUCAGCUAUGAUGGUACACUAGAUGGAAGUAUAGAUGUUAGAAAACUGGUGCAUAUUGAAGAUUUUUUUUUAUGUAUAUAUCUUUGAGCAUAAACUCAAUUUUGACAACGGUAUGGGUUAUAACAUUGAACAAUCAUUACUAUUAGUAUGUCCUGAAAUUUCCAAACACUUCACAUGAAAUCAAUAUUAUUCAAAAGAUUUUAAUUCUGGCUGGUUUGUCUCAUUAGUGUAAAAUUAGCAACAAUGAGCAAAAACAGUUAUUUUAAAUUUUGCUGUCAGUCCAACAGUGACUUUCAAUGUUUGAUUAAUCUUGAAGGACAUAACAGUCCAAGAAAUGGCAUUUGUGGAAACCAAGGUUUUGCUAUGGCUUCUGACGAGAAUCUCCAAUUAGGGGAUUUUAUUGCUCUUGUUGCUGAAUUUCUGUGAGAGUCCUGGUUCAGAUUUUUGUAUAUAUUUUUCCCAAAUAUAUUUAAUUUGUAAAUGCAGAUCUUAGAGAAAUGAAUGUGACCUGUAGAUCUGAUUCCCAUUUUACUUAAUAUUCAAUAUUAAAGGUUGCAAACCUGCUUCAUUUCUGUUUAUGUAUAAUCUAUAAAUCUCAAUUUUCAAUCUUACUAGUUUGAUUUUACAUGUUAAGCCAGGAUUUUUUAAAUCUAAUUGCCUAAAUCCUUACACACAAAAGAGAUUUAUUUCUCCAGCAAGCUCUGUUUUAGUUUUCUAAUUCUGUGCUGUUAAAUUAUGAUUCUUCCUAUCUUACUUUGCAUCCUAUCGAAGUCUUUUUCUGAUCCACAGAGAUGCAAGAACAGCUUCUUUUCCCAGGCUGAACUUUUAUCUUAUUUUCUCAAAUAAUUUCUUCCUUUUUUACAAGCUGAGUGAGUUCCUCUCCAAAUAACAGCGGAGCAGUGUGGAGGUCAUAACUGCUUUUGACUGCAAGAAACUCAGAAUAACAUUAAGCAAAUUGUGAAUCUCAGAAGAUAUGUAAGGCAGAACAGAGGUCACAGAGGAACUCUAAUAUCAACAUUCAUUUAUUAACAAAAAGAAACCCAAAUGUAGGCAUAUCCAACAAAUCUGUUCCGCCCCAAACCCAUACACAUAAUUAAAUAACAUGAUCCUUUCAACUCAUGGGCCACUACAACAUUUCCUCAAAAAUUUACUAUGUUUAAUAAUAAAAAAAUGGUUAAAAUGAAGCAUCUACUCAAAUCCAUUCUCAGUAUUUGAGAUAUAUUACUGUACCAUUGAAGUGAUUUAGAUGGUAAAAUACAGAAUAUGAGAAUUAAAGAAUAAUAAUACAACCAGUUUAUCAAUUCACAGUAUAGCAAAACGGCUUUUAGCCAUGUUGUAGCUGCCCUGGAGCUUCCUUUAAACAGAGUAAAUGUUACAGCUUAAGGAUUAUACUGCAAAUUUACUGGUGUCUGAAAGUUUGAUAUUUUACACAACUGCAAAAUUAUUAUUUUUUGUAUAGUUAAUGUUUUAUAUGUAAAUACUGGUUUCUUUCCUAUAUUAGCACUUUAUGUUGGAUAAAGACUGUAUAGAAUUUUUAACUGUACAUUUUAACAGAAAACAUUGUAAGAGGGAAAAAGAAAAUUUCUGCAUUAGCAGUUUAAUCAAUGGAAGCAUAACAGACAUUUACUUGUUUUUAUAUUAUCAAAAUGGAAGGACUCAUGACUUAAUUUCUGAAUUGUUAUGUAUUUGAUAUUGUUUAUUAAUUGAAUUUAUUGGUACUAUAUUAUAGAAUUUAAGAAAAAAUUAUAUGGUAUGUUACAGAUUUUAUAUACAACUUGUCUAGCAUUUGUGAAAUGUGUUUUAUAAUAAAUACUUAAAUGAAAGCUUCCCUUUAUUUACAAUGUAAAA